AUGGCCAGGGAUGCGAUGAUGGAUGACGACGAACUAGAGCUUCGCCAGACCCAAAUCAUCCAGGAGAAAUACGCCCAAAUACACAAUGAAGUAAACGUAGCGUCCGACCACGGAAUUCUCGAGCGUGUCGACUGCUACAAUUUCAUGUGCCAUGAGCACUUUUCGGUGGAAUUGGGACCUCUCAUCAAUUUCAUUUGCGGGAAAAACGGCAGCGGUAAAAGUGCGGUCCUCACGGCACUGACGCUCUGCUUGGGUGGCAAAGCAUCUGCAACCAACCGCGGACAGAGCCUCAAGAACUUCGUCAAGGAAGGCAAAGAAAAUUCCAAUAUCAUCGUGCGGAUCAAGAAUCAGGGCGAUGGCGCGUACCGGCCAGAAGUUUUUGGAAACUCGAUCAUUGUUGAGCGCCAUUUCAAUAAAUCCGGAACCAGUGGGUUCAGAAUCAAGUCUGAAAGUGGCCGACUCAUUUCGACUAAAAAGGCUGAGCUGGAUUCGAUUACUGACUACUUUUCCCUGCAAAUUGACAAUCCCAUGAAUGUCCUAUCUCAAGACUCCGCUCGUCAAUUCUUGAGUACCUCGAGCCCAGCGGAGAAAUACAAAUUCUUCGUCAAAGGUGUACAGCUCGAGCAGUUGGAUCAGGAUUACCGUUUGAUAGAGGAGUCUGUCGACCAGACAGAAGAAAAAAUACGGACUAAACUCCAAGAUAGUGAAGAUUUAAAGCGCCGAAGGGAUGCUGCGAAGGAAAAGCUGGAACGUUCCGAUAGGCACGAUUCCCUACGGGAAAACAUCAGAAAUCUUCGCAAUCAGAUGGCCUGGGCUCAGGUCGAGGAACAAGAACGAAUUCGCGAUUCUUUAGAAGGAGAGCUCGCUAAAGCGGACGAGCUUAUCACCAGAGCAGAUGCCGCUCUCGGGGACUUUGAUGCCAAAUUUCAAGCCGUUGAGACUGAAUCUGAAACGGCAACAGAGCAUGCAAAGGAAGCCGGCAGGAUACUCGAGGAGGCACGAGAUAAAUUAGUAACCGUCCAACAAAAGGCGAGGGAAGAAGGGGACCGGCGAACAGAACUUCAGGUUGAAAAAGGCCAGAUCAAGGCACAUAUUGAACUCGCGGAAAAGAAUAUCGCUGAGGGAGAACAGACGAUCGAAGCCGAAAAGAAACGCCUGGAUGAGGCGAGCAAUGGAGGUCAUGCUCGUAAGCUGGAAGAGUGUAAACAGGCUGCGAACCGUGCAACCAGCGCUCGCCAAGACUACGAUGCUCAUCGCGAAGGUGAAAGAGGCUUGCGAGAAGAACUCCAGCGGGCUGGUAAGAAGGCAGAAUUGGCAAAGGAAGCCUUUGAAGCCAAAGAAAAAGAUCACUCCGAAGCUGACGAACGCUUGCGGAAUCUCCGCAAAGAAAAUGGUCAGAGAAGGACUGGAUACCAUGAGAAGAUGCCGAAUCUUGUACGAGCCAUCCAUCAAGACAAGUCAUGGACCAUGCCUCCCAUUGGUCCUGUCGGUGAUCACAUCACCUUACUUAAGGCCAAGUGGUCAUCCAUCCUUGAGAACUCCUUUGGAACUACUCUUAACAGUUUCAUUGUGGCAACGAAGCGUGAUCAGAAUAAACUUUCGGAUAUCAUGCGUCAAGUGGGUUGUUCAUGUCCAAUUUUGAUUGGAAAUGGUGGUGAUAUAGAUACAUCUAAAUCCGAACCUAACCCCCGAUACGACACAGCUUUGAGGGUACUGGAGAUUGACCACCCGAUGGUUCGGCGACAGCUCAUUAUCAAUCAUGCCGUAGAGCAAAUGUUAUUGAUUGAAGAUCUGGAAGAGGCAUCUUCCGCACUCUUCGACGGCGACAAGCCAACUAACGUGAAACGAUGCUUCUGUAUCGAUAAAAGGGAUAGACGCAGAGGGUACCAUCUCUCGUACAAUCGAUCAGGCGAUCCUAACCAGGCGCCAGUUGCGAUGUUUCGUGGUAACCCACGCAUGAAGUCUGACGCGGCCUCGCAAAUCAGUGCCCAGGAAGAAGUGGUUCAGGAUCUGAAGCGACACUUGAACGAUUUAAAGCAAGAAUACCAAUCUGCUCGUUCCUAUUUCCAGACCUGCAAGCAAGCACUUACUGAACAUGGACGCAUGGAAAAUGACUUGAAAGUGAAAAUGCAACGAAUGGAGGAUGAGUCUGAAGCUCUUCGGGAUGCCCUCGAAAAGGAGAAUGCCCAGGAAGAUGGACGCUUAGAAUCCCUCCAAGCUGCUCAGCAGGAAGCGGAAGAGGACAUGGAACUUAAAAAAGGGUCUCUCGCAGCAGCCGUCGAAGCCAUGGAAUUCCAGUUGCAAAAACUUAGGGAGGCUCGGAAGGAAUUGUCGGCAGAGACGAAGAAAGUGGAUGAUCUCAAAGACAAUGUCCGUGUUGCAGAAAGUGAGCAGUUGAUUGUGAGCAACAAGCGACAAGAGAUUCUCAGUGAGAAAAACGCUGCCAUUGCACGGAUUGAAAAGCAGAAAGAGGACAGAGACAAAAUUCGAGCGAAGCGAGAUGAACUCGUGGAGCGAGUACUCUCCUACAUUGAGAAGGCCAGUAUGGUUUCCGCGAGAGUUUCGGUUGACCAGGGUGAAAGUGCCGAAAGCCUUGAUCAAAAGCUCCACAAGUUGCAGAACGACCUGAAGCGCUUCAAUCAACAACUGGGUGCCUCGCGGGACGAAAUCGCCGCGGAAGCUGCAAGGACGGAAGCUUCUUAUCUACAAGCAAUGAGACAGAUAGAGGAGCAUACAGCGAUAGCUCAGCUAUUGAAGAACACUCUUCAUGAUCGCAAAAAGCGAUGGGAGAUAUUCCGAUCCCAUAUUUCCUCUCGGGCAAAGGCUCAAUUUACGUAUCUUCUGAGCGAGCGAAGCUUUCGGGGUCGACUACUUACUGACCAUAACAAGAAAUUGUUGGACCUUCAAGUUGAACCCGAUAUCACCAAAGAUGAUAACACCGGUCGCGGUGCCAAAACCCUCUCCGGUGGUGAGAAAUCUUUCUCACAGGUCUGUCUGCUGCUGGCUCUUUGGGAAGCCAUGGGAUCCCCCAUCCGCUGUCUGGAUGAAUUCGACGUUUACAUGGACCAUAUCAACCGUAAAAUGUCCAUCGACAUGCUUAUGACGGCUGCCCGGCGUUCGAUUGGCCGACAAUUCAUUCUGAUCACUCCUGGAAGCAAAGCCGAUAUCACAAUUGCCCCCGAUGUCCGGGUAGUAGAGCUUGCUGAGCCGGAGCGUGGCCAAACCGCCCUAUCCUUCCAAGGGAGAUGA